AUGGUCUGUACGGGACAAGGCUCUCUACUCACACGGCUCCCCGGUAUCCAGGGCGAGCGGAAGUCGCAAAUAAUAGCUGAGGGAUCUUCACCGAGUACGAGUAGAAGCAUAUCCAUGCCGUACCACCACAGUCGCACGAGCGCGCUCCUCUUCGCAGCGCGGGUCAUCCCAAUUCUCUCAUUCAGCAGCCAGAGAGAGUGUCACCGAUCCGCCAUUCUUGGCCCAACACCGCUCCGGACGGCAGACCUCUUGUUUGCUGCCAAGCUCGGUCAAGAUUUGCCCAUAUCCUGGCGGCGUGGAUCGAAUCCGGAUGGCUAUGCUUCGACAUCGCUCCCUUCCGACCCUGCUGGACCGCUCCAAGGCUCAUCUCGAUUGCUGGCGCAUGUCGCCGCAUACGUCCUCAUCUCUGUGGGCUGGCCAGCUCCGAGUCUCGCGCCGCCAUCAAGAAAAAUCCCACAUGACCCAGCGCACAAUCUUCCGUCACCCUCCAAGACCAUCAUCCAUCACACUCCUCGCCAAGAGAACCAUCAUUCCCACACCCACACCCACACACACUCCCAUCGCCAUCACCUCCGCCCUUCCAACAUGGCCCACUCGCACACCAUGCUGUCCAUCGCCCAGAUCCUCGGCUUAUUCUUCUGUGCCCAUCACUUCUGGCCCAAAGGCACCACGUACAGAAAGGCCGGCGGGGACUGGGAGAAGAGCUAUCGCAGGAGGCAUGCCCAGGGACACUCCCGGUCGACUAAACGUGGGAGGAAGGACUCUGGGACCUCGAGUAAUGACGAGCACGUGCCCAAGAGGAGGGGAGACGGGCGAAGAGAGAGACAUCAUGAGUACGAGGACGAGAGACGGCGGCAUAGCAGGCACGCAAGCUCGAGAUAUUGA